AUGUCUUCGCAGCCAGUUUGGGACGCUCAGUUACGAAGAUGGAGAUGUUUAGGACCUCAGGAGCAGGAAUUAGUAUAUAUUGAUGAAGAAAAAUCGUGGAAGGAAUACGAUUUUGAGAAUAAGAAAUUUUUAGGUAGCUUUCCUGUUGAAUCUAACACAGAUGAGGAUUCUGCUCAGAGGAGUGUAGAAGAGAAGUCAGAAUCGAUAACUGAAAAGAAGAGAGAACAUUCAGAAAAUUCGUCCUCAGAAGAGCAGCAACCCAAUGCUUCAGUGAAAAGGACAAGAAAAGAAGAAACUUCUUCAAGCAAGAAUGAAAUUCCUGCACCAAUAAAUAAGGCUAUUUAUGUUUCAGGUCUUCCCAAAGACGUGACUAUAUCAGAAGUGAACGAAGUAUUUUCUAAAUGUGGGAUCAUCGCCGAAAACGUUGACACAGGUACGCCUAGGAUUAAGUUAUAUACAAAUGAUGAUGGAACUUUAAAGGGAGACGCCUUGAUCGUUUUCUUCCGUAGUGAAAGUAUCGAACUGGCAGAACAGCUGUUUGAUGAUACAGAAUUUCGAUUUGGUACAGGAGUAAAAAUGAAAGUUCAAGAAGCAAGCAUCGAUUACAAGAAAGAGAAGUCAAUAAAUCGAGAUGUUAGUGAUUCAGUCAAGAAGAAGGUCCAAAGAAAGCGACAGCAACAAUUACAGAAAAUCUCGUCCUGGGGAGAGGUUGAAGAAGAAAUUGAUGAAAAAAGGAGGAAGCGUUUUGGAAAAAUUUUGGUUUUGAAGCACAUUUUUACAUUGGACGAACUGGAUGCUCAACCUGAGCUAUUACUUGAUCUCAAGGAAGACAUUACAGCUGAGGCCGAAAAAUGUGGACGCGUUACCAAUGUCGUACUGUAUGACCAAGAACCUGAGGGUGUUGUCACAAUCCGAUUCUCAACAAACGAGGAGGCAGAAGAAUGUAUGCGGUUAAUGCAAGGCAGAUAUUUUGAUGGACGAAUCGUAGAAGCAUCUAUAUAUGAUGGGAAAACGCGAUACCGAAAGUCGGGCAAGCAGAGUUUUGAGGAUGACGAAGAAGAAGAACACAGAUUAGAGAGGUUUGCAAGCUGGCUAGAAAAUGGUGAGAAAAAUGAUCAGUGA